UCACACACACACACACACACACUGUAGUGCAGUCCACACAGAGGCCAGACAGACACUUUGGGCUGUGUGGUGCUCUGGUUGUAGCCUCAAGCUUUCCUGGUUGACAAUGAGCCUAACUGCCACCAAUGAAGGACCACAAUACGAAAAACCACUGGGGAACUUCCACAGCUUGUCCGCACCUUUUUCAAAGGUCAUCGGCAUGUGAGGAAGGAUUGAUCCAGUUUCAUCUCUAUUUGUCAAUGACACUGAACUUUCAUGUUCCGGACGAGCGCUUUUAUCAAGUGAGAAGAUGGCCAAGGUGUACAGACUCUAUGUCGGGAUAGUAACAGCUCUGGCCUUAUGCAAAUACUCUGUGGCAGAAUGGAAUGCCACCGACGAGUCUGCCAAUCGAACUGAGUCCCUUGGUCAUCACCAUGGCAACGGAGACAAUUGCACAGUUUCUCCAACAGACCCAAUAGAUACAGGGCAGUGGACGGGUCACUUCUCCAAAUGUCCAGAGGAACUAACAAACUACUGCAUCCACGGGGAAUGUCGUUACAUCAAAGAACAGGAGGCCCCGUCGUGCAGGUGUCAGCGGGGUUACAUUGGCUCCAGAUGUGAAUAUCUGGAUCUCGACUGGCGGAUAGGAGAGAAACGACAAAUCAUAAUCGUCUGCAUCAUCGCAGGGCUCGUUCUCCUCAUUCUCCUCAUUGUAUUCAUGUGCUUUUGUUCACAUCGUAGAUGCAGAUUGUGGAGGCGGAGGGGAAGACGGAGGGAAGAACCAAGGAACGGGAUAGAGAAGCUCCCCAUUGAUGGACAACCGUGCACUCACGACCUUAACGACAGGCUCCACAGAGCCGACACACACCGACGCCGCCGUAUGAGAAGUGUACGCGACACCAAGUCUGGGAAUUGUUUGUACAUGAGGGACUUUGUCCUUCAUGUGACAGCUGCUGCCUUUUGUCUCACAGCACGGGCCGUGUGCCAUCCGGGGUCCCUCUGUGCAGGGCAGGCCUGAGGCCCAAAGGCGGUGUUAGACCCUCCUCCCCCUUAAAGGGCAGCCUUGUCUGGAAGCUUCAGAACAAAGAAGACGAUAAACACAAGUUGGAGACGAGUGUUCAUUUUUUUUUUUCCGAUGCUGUGCAGCAACAGGUGCUUGUAGCUGCACAAAGCGCUUAAUCAGUUGUUGCUAUGUCGGAAAAAGCUGUGACACCAGCUGGCAGCCGGUAAUAACAGUUGUUCUGGUUAGUAGUCUGUGUGGGAGAGACUGAAAAAUGAGGGACUGUGUGAGCACACUCUGCUCAACUGCCGAGUAAAUAGAUCAUUUAAUGUAUAUAAAUGUGCAAUAUUACAAGUCCCGCAUACUGUUUCAGCAUGCUGUAUCUAUGUGUCAUGUUGUUUAUACUUACUUUAUCACUAGUAAACUGGUAAGCUCACAAACAUAUUUAUUCCUCUAUCCACAAUGCCUCCAUGUGAGCCCACUCCCCGAAUAUUGUUACUCCUCAACAUUAGCAAUGCAAGCAGAGCCUUCUUUUGGUUGCGGUUCUGGACUCCCGGGUUGGACGAGGACAAGGAGAACUUGUGCUGGAGGCUUCUUUUUUUUUUUAACUGUACAUUUGGAGCCGAGCAGUCUCCGAGCUACCGAGGCAGAACAGCCGAGCCUGUGUGCGGAGGCUCCACCGUGGUUGAAAGUGCUCCACUGUACGAGACACUUUCCAAACUGUCGGCCUUUCACGGGGUUGUUUUUAACGCGUAUCUGUAUCAACUGCAUCUAAAUGUAGAAGGAUGAGGGCAGAGUCAGUGAAGUCGUCUCCCGCUGUUUAUAUGCCAUCAAUAAAUAUGUUGACUGUCUAUGCGCCUGUCCAUUUAAAGGGGUUUUUUU